AUGAAGCUAAAGGAACUGCUGCCACACAAGCCAGUGCAUGUGCAUCCGUCUACUCCAGAGUAUCUGGAGGCUUCUACUCAUGUCCUUGUAUUCAACAACUUCUCCCUUGUUCACAUAGCUCUAUUUUUUCACAUAUUUUACUUUACUUCACUUAAACGUAAACUUUCACUUUUUUUAAAGGUCACCUUUUUCGAGGACAGGAACUUCCAGGGUCGCUCUUAUGAGUGUAUGGGAGACUGUGGUGACUUCUCCUCCUACAUGAGCCGUUGUCACUCUUGCAGAGUGGACAGUGGCUGCUGGAUGAUGUACGAUCAGCCCAACUACAUGGGAAGUGGAUAUUUCUUCAGGAGGGGAGAGUAUGCUGACUACAUGUCCAUGUUUGGAAUGAACAACUGCAUCAGGUCCUGCCGUAUGAUCCCCAUGUACAGGGGAUCCUACAGAAUGAGGAUCUACGAGAGGGACAACUUCAUGGGUCAGAUGUACGAGAUGAUGGAUGACUGUGACAACAUCAUGGACCGUUACCGCAUGUCUCACUGCCAGUCCUGCCAUGUGAUGGACGGCCACUGGCUCUUUUAUGACCAGCCCAACUACAGAGGCAGAAUGUGGCACUUCGGGCCUGGACAGUACAGGAACUUCAGCAAUUAUGGUGGCAUGAGAUUCAUGAGCAUGAGGCGUAUCAUGGACUCUUGGUACUAG